UCAGUCACUCACUCCUGGCCCUGCGGGUAACGGCAGCCUCACAGGUAACCCAGUCCUGCGGCUGUCCCACACCCACACCCUGCCCCACAGGCCCUGCCCUGUCCCCUGCCUCCUCACCUGCCAGGCCAAAAGCAGUGUUAUUUUGGGUUUCCAGCCCUCUCCUGCCUGGCACAGGCUCUGGCCUCCCCUGGAAGUGCCCUCUCUAGCUGCCAGAGCAGCCCCGGGGCCAGCAGCAGGCACAGGGCAGGGCAGUUUGGGGGUGUCAGUUUGGUUUUCAGUCUGAGACACAGCUCUGGGAGUGACUCAGGUCACCCAGGGUGGAAAGUUUCCCUGUGCUGCCUCCGUAUGCCUUGGUAAUAAAGUGGAUUCUCUCUCCUGCCCACUGGGCAGGAGCCGCUGCUGCGUUCCUGGGGACAGGGCCUUUCUUUCAGGUUAUUUUCCAGGUUUCCACUUUGUGUGUGUCAGCAAAUGUCCCUGUAAUUUGCAGUGACCCAAUGCCCACCUUUCUGGGGAGGAACAGGGCAAGCGCUGGGCCUGGGAAGGGAGGCUGGAGGGAGUGGUGGGACUGUGGUAGAGAGGGGCUUUCAGAACAGGAAUCAAAACAGGGAAUGGGGGGAAGAGGGCAGAGCUGAUGCCCCUCGAGGAGACCACCCCAGUUAGUACUGUUAAAUGUCUCCCUUGUGCUUGGGGGCAAAUUAGCCUGAGGGAUUUGUGCUGUAGGAUAUGGGUGACGGCCAGGAUCUUGACUGGAUUUAACAGGAAGUAUAAGGGUUUUUUUUUUCCUGGUAUGUGUCAAGUGUCAGAUAAAGCCUCCUUGUUCAGGAGGUGUGAAGCACGUCAGCAGGGUGUACUACACCCUGCCCAGCCUGUUUCUCUCCAGAUGCUGUCCUGGCACAGGGCACAGGAAGUGCCCAGAGGCAGUGCUGACGUGACAGUGUCCAAGUCCUGCCUUCACCUUCCCUCUCAGUCAGUGCCCACCCCAGGCCACUCCGCACUGAAGGGCUUUUCCUCCCCCAGGGAACCAUGGCAGAGAAGAUCCUGGUGACCGGCGGAGCUGGCUACAUCGGCAGUCACUGUGUGCUGGAGCUGGUGGAGGCUGGCUAUGUCCCCGUGGUCAUAGACAACUUUCACAAUGCCAUCCGAGGGGCAGACGCGCUCCCCGAGAGCCUCCAGCGUGUGCAGCAGAUCGUGCAAAAGCCCAUCCUCUUCCAGGAGCUGGAUAUCACCAACGAGGCAGCGCUGCAGGAGCUCUUCAGCAAGGUGAGAGCAAGAGCCACAUUGCCCCAGAGUGACCUCGUGGGCUCCGAGGGGUGA